GUGUGCUCGCUCGCUCUCUCUCUCAGCAGCUGCUGCUGCUGCUGCUCAGUCUUGCAGGCAGCCACCGCCGCCCUCCUUGCUUCCUGGGCCGGCCUCCUCCUCCUCCGCAGAGACAGCCAGAAGGAGCCCUUUGAGGAGGUGGCCGUCCAUUUCACAGAAGAGGAGGAGGAGGUGUGGGCUCUGCCGGAUCUGGACCAAAGAGCCCUGCACAGCCAAGAGAUGGAGGAGAACGGUGGGAAUCCGGCCUCACUGGCAGGUGACAGCUGGAAGAGGAAGAAUGAGGGGGAACCCAAUGGAGCAUUGUUGGGAAGUGCCAGAUGGAGAAAGAGGAAACAGCAGCGACAAAGACCUAUUGCAAAACGGAGGAACAGAAAUGGAUCAUCUGCUUCCCAGCAGGGAAUACGAACAAUAAUGCAGGAGGAGACAGAAAGAAGCCUUUGCCCGGAAAGCAGGAAAGGUUUCCAUUCUGAAACUAGCUUUCAACCUCAGUGCGAUAUUCAGCCAGGGGAUACAGCAUUUGAAUGCUUAGGGUGGGGAAGGAGUUUCAGCACAAAAGGAAAACUAAGUAGUCAUCGUAGAACUCACACUGGGGAGAAACCAUAUAAGUGCUUGGAAUGUGGAAAGAGCUUCAGCAUGAAAGGAAACCUUGCUACACAUUAUAGAACCCACACUGGGGAGAAACCACAUAAAUGCUUGCAGUGUGGAAAGUGCUUCAGCUUGAAAAGAAACCUUGCUAGACAUUAUAGAACCCACACUGGGGAGAAACCAUAUAAAUGCUUGGAAUGUGGAAAGAGCUUCAGCAUGAAAGAAAAUCUUGAUACACACUAUAGAAUCCACACUGGGGAGAAACCACAUAAGUGCUUGGAGUGUGGGAAGAGAUUCAGUACGAAUGGAGAGCUUAAAGUGCACCAUAUGAUCCAUACUGGGGAAAAACCACAUAAGUGCUUCCAGUGUGGAAAGAGCUUUAGCACGAGUGGAUAUCUCACUGUGCACCAUAGAACCCACACUGGGGAGAAACCACAUAAAUGCUUGGAGUGUGGAAAGAGCUUUAACACGAGUGCACACCUUACUAUGCACCACAGAACACACACUGGUGAGAAACCACAUAAAUGCUUGGAGUGUGGAAAGAGCUUCAGCUGCAGUGGAAAUCUCACUGUUCACCGUAAAAUCCACACUGGGGACAAACCACAUAAAUGUUUGGAGUGUGGAAAGAGCUUCAGGACGAAAGGAAGUCUUACUAUGCAUCAUAGAACCCACACUGGGGAGAAACCACAAACAUGCUCAGUUUGUGGAAAGAGCUUCAGCACAAGUGGAAGACUAACUAGUCAUCAUAGAACCCACACUGGUGAGAAACCACAUACAUGCAUGCAGUGUGGAAAGAGCUUCAGCCAAAGUGGAAACCUUGCUAGACAUUAUAGAACCCACACUGGGGAGAAACCACAUAAAUGCUUGCAGUGUGGAAAGAGAUUCAGUACGAAUGGAGAGCUUAAAGUACACCAUAGAAUCCAUACUGGGGAGAAACCACAUAAAUGCUUGGAGUGCGGGAAAAGCUUUAGCAGAAGUGGAGCACUAACUGAUCAUCAUAGAACCCAUAUUGGGGAGAAACCACAUAAAUGUUUGGAGUGUGGAAAGAGCUUCAGCCAGAGUGGAAAACUAACUAGGCAUCAUAGAACGCACACUGGGGAGAAACCAUCUAAAUGCUUGGACUGUGGAAAGUGCUUCCGCACGAGUGGAGAUCUCACUGUGCACCAAAGAACCCAUACUGGGGAGAAACCACAUAAAUGCUUGGAGUGUGGAAAGAGCUUCCGCACGAGUGGAAAACUAACUAGUCAUCAUAGAACCCACACUGGGGAGAAACCACAUAAAUGCUUGGAGUGUGGGAUGAGCUUCAGUCAGAUUGGAAACCUUACUGCGCACUAUAGAACUCACACUGGCGAGAAACCACAUAAAUGCUUAGAAUGUGGAAAGAGCUUCAGCAGGAGUGGAGAUCUCAAUAAGCACCAUAGAACCCACACUGGGGAGAAACCACAUAAAUGCUUGGAGUGUGGAAAGAGCUUCAGUUCGAGUGGAAACCUAACAAGUCAUCAUAGAACCCACACUGGGGAGAAACCACAUAAAUGCUUGGACUGUGGAAAGAGCUUCAGUCGGAAUGAACACCUUACUUUGCACCAUAGAACUCACACUGGGGAGAAACCACAUAAAUGCUUGGAGUGUGGAAAGAGCUUCAGCAGGAGUGGAGAUCUCAAUAAGCACCAUAGAACCCACACUGGGGAGAAACCACAUAAAUGCUUGGAGUGUGGAAAGAGCUUCAGGACGAGUGGAGAACUCACUUUGCAUAAUAGAACCCACACAGGGAAGAAACCUCAUAAAUGUUUGGAGUGUGGGAAGAACUUCAGCUGCAGUGGAAAUCUUACAGUACAUCGUAGAACCCACACUGGCGAGAAACCACAUAAAUGCUUGCAGUGUGGAAAGAGCUUUAGCACGAGUGGAUAUCUCACUGUGCACCAUAGAACCCACACUGCGGAGAAACCACAUAAAUGCUUGGAGUGUGGAAAAAGCUUCCGGUCGAGUGGAAACCUAACUAAUCAUCAUAGAACCCACACUGGGGAGAAACCACAUAAAUGCUUGGACUGUGGAAAGAGCUUCAGUCGGAGGGCACACCUUAUUAUGCACCAUAGAACCCACACUGGGGAGAAACCACAUAAAUGCUUGGACUGUGGAAAGAGCUUCAGUCGGAGUGCAUACCUUACUAUGCACCAUAGAACUCACACUGGGGAGAAACCACAUAAAUGCUUGGAGUGUGGAAAGAGCUUCAGGACGAGUGGAGAACUCACUGUGCAUCAUCGAACCCACACUGGAGAGAAACCACAUAAAUGCUUGGAGUGUGGAAGGAGCUUCAGUACCACUGGCAAACUAACUAGGCAUCAUACAACCCACACUGGGGAGAAACUACAUAAAUGCUUGGAGUGUGGAAAAAGCUUCAAUAGGAGGGCAGACCUUACUACUCACCAAGAAACCCAUGCAGGGUAGAAACCCUAUACAUUUUUGGCGUGUGGAAAGAGCUUCAUUUCCAUAAUGCAGUUUCCUUUACACAGAAGAAGAUGGAACUGUAGCCUUUCACUGGAAAUUUAAUGAAUACUUGUUGAAAAAAGCAGAAAUUUUGGAGAAAGCCAAAUGGAAGUUAAAGGAUGUUUUGAAUUUAAUUGAAAUCAAGGAAUGUAUAAUAAGAUAGUUUGGGAUGCAGGAAAAGUGGUUAUGAGGUGUUUUUUUAUACAGCAGAAUGCAUACCUUUGAAAACAAAGGGGAUUGAAAAAAAGAGGGAUUAUUCAUGGAGAUUUCUAAAAAAGAAAGAGAACUUAUUUAUUAAGGAUAAGCAAGAGACUAUUCAAGUUAUUAAAAUGCUUCAGUAACAGCUUCCUAUGUUGGUAUUAAAUGAAAUUGAAUUGAACUUAAAGUAUGCGAAGCAGAAGCCGUUUGAAUUUGCAAACAAACCAGGCAGGUUAUUGGCUUGGAAAAUUAGGAGUGAGAGAAAGAAUAAGUACAUAUCCAAGAUAUCUACAAAAAUGGACUUUCUUAUGAUGAAACGGAAAUAAAAAUGGGAUUUUUCAGAUAUUACUCUGAUUUAUAUAAUGAAAAUAGAGGAUAUAAAAAUUGAUAAAUUCUUGAAGACGCAAAAUAUUCCACAACUUACUAAGGAUCAUAUAGAAAUUAUGAAUGCACCGAUAUCAAUAAUGGAAUUAACAAAAGUAAUAAAUCACCAGAGCCCGCUGGUCUGUCAGCUUUGUACUACAAAACUUUUAAAGAUCAAUUAUUACAGCCUUUGCAAUGGACGAUGAAUGAUAUUCUGCAGAAAGGGAAUAUGCCGGAUUCUUGGAAAUAUGCCAACAUUGCAGUAAUUCUAAAACCUGAUCAAGACUUAACGCAAGUUAAGAAUUAUAGGCCAGUUUCACUGAUAAAUAAUGAUUAUAAACUUUUUGCUGCCAUUUUGGCAAGAAGAAUGAAGGUUGUAUUAAGAGCCUUUAUUCAUGAAGAUCAAGCAGGUUUGUUUGGGGUUUUUUUUGACAAAAAGGCAACUAAGAGACAAUGUGAAAACAGUCUUGAAUGUAUUGGAGUACUAUGAAAAACAUAGUGACAAACAGACAGCUAUGAUCUUUUUGGAUGCAGAGAAAGCAUUUGAUAACGUCUCCUGGCAGUUUAUGUGGAAGUUAUUGGAUGCAAUGGGAGUUGGUAAUAAUUUUAUUAGGGCCAUUAGGACAAUAUAUUCGGAGCAAUAUGCCAAAAUUAUUAUAAAUGGGGAAGAAUCAAAUAACUGUAAAAUACAAAAAGGAACUAGACAAGGUUGUCCGCUUUCCCCAUUACUUUUUAUAUUAGUUCUGGAAGUGCUUUGUAGAAACAUUAGAGAAGAUGACCAAAUAAAUACAAGGCCCGAAAGUAGGGAAACAGGAGUAUAAACUCAGAGCCUUCGCAGAUGAUGUGGUGUUUUUUCUAGAAAAUCCAUUAGGAAAGGUUGGAAGGCUCUUGGAAAAAAUAGAACAAUUUGACCAAUUGGCCGGGUUUUUUAUUAAUAAGAGUAAAACGAAGGUGUUGACAAAAAAUAUGGAUCAGAAAUCAAAUGAUAGACUUUAUGAGAUAAGUGAACUGGAAGUGGAGAAGAAAAUCAAAUAUUUGGGCAUCUGGUUGACAAAUGAAAACUCUUUGUUGUUCUCAAAUAAUUAUAUUAAAAUAUGGAAUACAGUGAGAAUUGAUUUGCAAAGAUGGACUAGAAUGAACUUAUCCUUAAUGGGAAGAAUUUCAGUUGUGAAGAUGAAUGUUUUACCUAAAAUGUUUCUUUUUCAGACUAUUCCUAUAAUUAAUACACUAACCUGUUUCAAGCAAUGGCAAAACUAAAUUUGUUUGGCAAGGGAAAAGACCAAGAAUUAAAUUUAAAAAUUUAAUAGAUGUGAAAGAAAGAGGUGGUCUUACCCUGCCUGAUUUAAGGCUAUAUUUUGAUGCUCUUUGUUUGACAUGGUUGAAGGAAUGGAUAACAUUAAGAAAUUCCAGAAUACUUGAUUUGGAAGGAUUCAAUAGAAGGUUUGGCUGACACUCAUAUUUGUGGUAUGAUAAAAGCAAAGUGCAUAAAGACUUUCUGAAUCACUAUGUAAGAAGGAGUAUGACUGGAGUAUGGGCAAAAUAUAAAAAAUGGUUGGAGUGUAAAACUCUACUAUGUGUAUCCCCGAUUGAGGCUCUGGCACGUAAAGAGACAAAUAUGGAAUCUGAAUGGGGUACUUACAGGGAUUUUUUAUAUUUUCAAGAGAAGAGCUGUAAAUUAAAACAUUUAAAUGAAGUACAAAAUUUGGUUAGUAAUUGGUUUCAGCAUCAUCAGCUAAAUGAAAUUUAUAAAAAGGAUCUUAAGGUUGGGUUUGUGGAUCAAAUGUCGAGAUUCAAGAAGGAGUUGUGUGAAAAUGAUGAAAGAUUAGUCAAGAUGUUGCUUUUGGAGGAGACGAGAUGAAGUGGUUAAAACGACUGAUAAAAUGGGCUCAAUAUGUGGGUCAUAAUAUAGAUAUGGCUGGUUGGGGAAAAUUAUGGAAAACUGAAUUAAAGUUUACUGCAUGUUAUACUUUAAAAGAAUAUUAUUAUAAGAUUAUAUAUAGGUGAUAUCUGACACCAAAAAAAUUAGCAUUAAUGUAUAAAAAUGUUUCAAACAAGUGUUGGAAAUGUGGACAAUGUAGAGGAACUUUUUUCCAUAUGUGGUGGUCAUGCGGGAAGGCAAAGGCCUUUUGGGAUAUGAUAUACAAUGAGUUGAAAAUCUUUAAAUCUUUAAAGUGACAUUUCUUAAGAGGCCAGAAUCCUUCCUGCUAGAAAUAACUGAAAGAGAGUUCGCCAGAAGAAAUUUAACAUUUUUAUGUACACAACCACGGCGGCCAGUAUAGUAUAUGCACAAAAAUGGAAAGACACUAACAUGCCUUCAAAAGAAGACUGGCUGAUUAAAAUUUUGGAAUAUGCUGAGAUGGCAAAGCUUAUAAGAUGAAAAUUUGGAAUGAUUUAAACAAGAUUGGGAAUCAUUUUUGCUUUACUUAAAGAAUUAUUUUUCUAAUAUGGACUUUUCAGUAGGGUUUGAAAUAUAGUAAUAAAAGGUUGGGUUGGGUCAAAUCGAGUAGUAUUAUGGAGUAUGUAUGUUUUGAAUUAUUCUAGCAAUAGUUUAUAUGUAUAGUUAUUGUGAACCACGCAGAUAGGCAAGCAAGAAGUCAGUAUUUACUUAUGUGUAGAAUUAGAUAAAUGAAUGUAAUUUGAAAUGUAAAAGCUAUUGUAAAAACCAAUAAAAUUUAAAAUGCAGGUGGGGGGGAGAAAGUAAGAGCUUCAGUCUCAGGGCUACCCUUAUUACAGUAGUUUUUAUUGAUUCAUUUUCAUGUCUUAUGAAUAAAUGUGUAUAUUUGGUUCAAACAGA